UUAUUAUUCCUGACAACAAUAUCAACCAGGGGGUCAUUUUGUUUGUGUACAUCCUACCGCUCAGAUCAACUGCGUCUCAUCUCUUGUGAAAACCUACAACAGGUCUAAUGUAACUUAAAUACAGCAUCUUGGAGGAUCGCAUAUUGAGGACGAUCAGUCUCGAAUACGUUUUUUCCACCGAUCCAAUUCUAUGUUGGGUUUAAUAAACGCAAUUGAAUGGCUGAUAUAGUUUAAUACAGAUAGCAGACAACACUUCAGAAGUCGUCUUUAUUUGUCAUCCGGUGUUUCGGGAUAUUUUUUUGCCAACAUGGAUGAAAAACAGGAUUUCAGCUACUCAUUUUCUAAUGCGGCUUACGAUUCAGCGGAGCCACAAUAUCCAUCAUUUACGAAAAAAUCAAAUACCCGGACACAGACAAUACUAAUUGCAUUGGUUUUCAUCUUGGUGAUAUCGUUGGGAGCAGGAAUCGGUAUCGGUUUUGCGAUCGGGAACUCUUCUGGAGACAAAGGAGGGGGGUCGGCAAGCCCUAUAGUUGGCGUUACAACUCCCAAGAAUCCUUUCACAGAGCCACGUAAGACAGAACCACAGAGUGAAUCGUAUACUACAAAAGGCAACGCCCAGACAGAACAUACAAAAGCUCCGCCCCACCAUACCGAUACACACACGACUGGCCCGCCUCAUCAUACCGGGACGCACACGACGGGACCGCCCCAUCAGACGGACACGCCUUCCUCUCCGCCGCCAGACACGCCUCCUCCGCCCCAGCCGUAUGAGGAUUGGAUUGAUAUGCCAUGCAGUGACACGGGGCCAAAAUGCCCAGCGGGGAUCUCGUCUCCUCCGGUUCUUUUGAUAUCUCUCGAUGGAUUUAGAGCGGAUUUCUUAUCGAGAGGAAUUACACCUGUCAUUAACCGAAUGGCUGAAUGCGGUGUGAAAACCCCUCAUAUGAUUCCGACAUUCCCAACAGUGACCUUUCCAAACCAUUAUACCAUCGUUACGGGCCUUUAUCCGGAAUCGCACGGCAUUGUGGGAAAUACCAUGUAUGACUUUGGUACAACGUUCAGUCUAGGUUCGGAUGAGUCAUUCAAUAACAGGUGGUGGGGAGGAGAACCCAUUUGGAAUACAGCUCGCUUUCAAGGCAAGCGAUCAGCUACUUUCUUCUGGCCUGGAUCUGAUUCUGAUAUUCAAGGGAUCCGACCGAACUAUUAUAACAAAUACGAUGGGGAAUUGAAUUAUAUUCAGCGGGUGGAUACAGUAUUAGGAUGGCUUCGGUUACCCGACGGUUACAGACCCGAUGUUGUGACUUUAUACUUCGAUGAACCAGAUCACACAGGGCAUGAUCCAGGACCAAACACCGACGAGCAAGAUGAGGUGGUGGCUCGUAUGGACGGGAUGAUGAGACGAUUAAUGGAUGGUUUAAUGAAGAUGGGUAUGAUUGAUUGCGUCAACAUCAUCGCUAUAGCUGACCACGGCAUGUCCAACAGGACGUGUGACCAAACAUUUAUUCUAAACGAUUACCUACCAUCUAGUGAAUACAGAGUGUCUUCUACUGCUGGUACCAUGUUGCGAAUGCUUCCAGAAGAUGGUGCAACGGUGUCGGACCCGGCUGAUGUUGUGGAAGAACUAUUGUGCAAACAUCCAGUAGCCGUUCCAUAUGUACGAGAGGAUCUACCGAAGAGAUGGCAUUACAUCAAUAACAGGCGAAUUGAACCUAUAGAGGUCACCGUACCAGAGCAGUGGACUGCUUCCGGUGGAUCCACAUCUUAUUGCAACGGAGGAACUCAUGGAUAUGAUAAUUUAGGCAACUUAAUGAAGGCAAUGUUUGUUGCCAUUGGCCCAGGCUUCAAAAGUGGAGUAGAGGUUCAACCUUUCCAGAAUAUAGAGUUAUAUAAUGUUAUGUGUGAACUUUUGGAUCUUGACCCGGCACCAAACAACGGAACUAUGGGAAGUCUCCACCAUAUGCUAAGAAACCCGAAACCCCUCCCAAAUGAUUCAGUCAUCCCUAUUCCUGAAAUGGACUGUCCUUUCCCUUCAAAUGAUGAUGAGUACAACAGUCGAUUGCAAGAUGAUAUGUCAGGGUGCCAAUGUAACUCCACCAGUGUCGAGAUGUACGACAAAGAAUUGAACCUGACAUCAAUCGAAGAAAAGGAAGCUAUGGCGCUUCACACGCCGCUUGGCGCCCCGGUCAUAACCUUUGACACUGAUUACUGUCACCUGACCCAACAUGAUUACGUCACAGCGUACAGUCAUGAUCUUCGAUCGCCUCUCUGGUCUUCGUUUACACUUCGAUGGCCUCAGCCAAUAAAUGAGAUGCCGAUAAAGCCCGAUUGCCGAGUGCGACCCGAUGUCCGAGUUGAUGCCGAAUUCUCUCCGAGUUGUUCCGAUUUCGAAGGACUAACAGGAGGCUUUAUGAAUUUAACCACCAGUUAUCUCUUUCCCCCUGCUUUAUCCUCGAACUCAGAGCGGUUUAUGGAUUCUCUCAUUUCAACCAACACGGUGCCGCAGUAUCCCGGGUUUAUCGAAGACAUAUUGGAUGGCUUCUUAGUACCACAUCUUGCUCUAUGGGCUAAUAUUAGCUCCGAGAUCAAUGUCGUGACCGGACCUGUCUUCGAUUUCGACGGCGAUGGGUUACGAGACAACAACAACACACUCGAAAAAGACGGGGUGAUUUUUGGCUCCUCUCCCUCUCUGCUGCCCUCUCACUACUUCAUGGUUGUAAUACGAUGCAAGGGAGGUGCACAGUUAAACAGCGCAUGCGCUGAAGUAGAAUCGGCUGCUUUUGUUCUGAGAAACAACCAUGGAAUAAAAACUUGCCAGACGCAGCCAGACUACGUUGAACACAACUUAGUCACCAUCAAGGAUAUUGAAAAUUUAACAGGUCUCACGUUUUACCCACAACUCCCUCGGUAUGACUCCAUCCAGCUGAAGCUAUAUGCCCCCAACAAAGGAGACCUAUGGUCAAAAUGGCCGCUUAUGAGCAGUAUUCAUUGAUCAUAUUGAUAUUCUUGUCUUUCAGGACGUAAUAUUGCCAAUUGGGAUAUUAUGAUUAAGGCAUUCACAGAGAGGUAUUUAUUCACUCAAAUAUUUUACAAAGUUUUUAUUUUAACGAGGUGUGGUCGGAAUGAGGUCCGACUCAGUAAAAUGACGAAAACUAAUAUUUAACUUAGCACCAAUCGAGAUAUCCUGAAUAUCGACAAAUGUAAUUUUGUAUCUUUGUUACAUAAAACAUGGAGCUAUAAAACACAGGUAGCUUCAUGCAUGAAAGAUACAAAGUUGUACAAUGGAGCACAUUUAAAUGUGCUCAUAGACAGAUAGAAAGAAAGUUACACCUUUAAGUUCAUACCAUCCUGACAUUUCGUUGCACCA